GGGACGAAUGAAGCGACGUUGAGUAAAUACCUGGACUACGUUUUGGACGUCUCUUCCGUUGCUGUGCUCUUUUCGCGAUAAUGGAGUACGAGCAGCCUGCAGUGCAGCGCACGCCUCAGUCCUCGCAUUCUUUCCGAUACUACGCCGUCUUGCCUAUUUUCAUCUUCCUCAUCUACAAGACGACAAGACUGGCAGUCUUUACGUAUCAUACUAGAAAACGAUAUCGAGACAUCCCGAGCUUGCCGCGGCAUUGGCUGUUGGGCAACUUGAUUGCGAUCGGGCGAAAAUGCUCGCCACAGCUCAAUCGACAUCCAGACUACGGCUUCAGCGAGAUCUGGCACGACUUGGGACAACCAGCUGCAUUCCACAUUGAUCUGGCUCCAGUCGACAGCCAUGGCUUCUUGAUAGUCGCUGAUCCGGCGGUGGCAGACACCGUGGUGCAGUCUUCCUCGGAGUACCCCUUUUCGGCGCCCAAGAGCGACACCAUGCGGCAGUCCUUGAAUAGGCUUCUGGGCGAGGAGACUUUGAUCAUGGCCGAAGGCGAAGUGUGGAGGGAUCUGAGGAAGCGCUUCAACAAAGGCUUUGCACCGGCACAUCUGCAUGCUCUUUGUCCUUUCAUCGUUGCCCAGACUCGCACGUUCAUCGCCCGCAUUCAAGAUGCUGCGAGGAGCGGUCAGACCUUUGCGUUGAAAGAUUUUGCACAAGACCUGACGACUGAUGUUAUCACGCAACUCACUAUGGAAAAAGACUUCAAAGCUCAGUCCGUUGCUGACGGGACGGGCUCGAAAUCAACGUUCGGCGUCCUGACUGCUUCGCGAAUCUUGUCGAAGCUCGUCGCCACGACUGGUCAGGGUUUCGAUCCAAUUGGAUAUCUUAACCCUGUACGACGAAUCAAGGAACGUUUCUACGAGUGGUCCUUCGAUCGCCAGCUUUACUCGGUGCUGUCCCUAAAGCUCCAGCGCGAGCAAACGCAUCCCAAGAAAGCCGACUCGUCCGCGAAAGCUAUCGUCCAGUUAGCGCUCGCCGAUCUUGAUCCCACACCAGCACUGCUGAGAAACACGGUGCACCAAAUCAAGUCUUUUCUUUUUGCCGGCCAGGAUACAACGUCCACGUUGAUCCAAUAUCUGGCGUACGAGCUAUCGAAAGCGGACCACGAUCCGCGAUAUCGUGAGAUUGUCAGCAGCCUCGAAGACGAGCAUGAGCGCGUUUUCGGGCCGGGAGCCUACUCUGCUCUGGAUGUUCUCAGCCAGCCAGGCAAAGCGGAUGAGUUAUUAGGCGACAAGAUUCCAAAAAGCACCGCUUUCGUAAAGGAGACCCUUCGAUUGCAUCCCCCGGCAGCUACUGCCCGCGGGAUUCCGGAAGCCUCGAGCUCUACGCCACCUUUCUUCAUCGACAUCGAUGGGCGACGUACUGCUAUUGACGGAUUGCGCGUGUACAAUUGCCAGUGGAUCAUGCAUCGCAAUCCCAAGGUAUGGGGUGCAGAUGCGCACGUCUUCAACCCCGCUAGAUGGUUGGAUGAGGCGUAUAUCAGUGCACUACCCCCUGGCGCUUUCCGGCCAUUCGAGAGGGGCCCCCGAAACUGCAUUGGACAGGAGCUGGCCAUGAUGGAAGCAAAACUCGUGCUUUGUGCCGUGACGAGGGGGCUGAGGUUCGAAAAAGUCGGCCUGACUGGCCGAAAUGGCGAGCGGGAGGUCUGGGGGACCCAACAUGUGACGACUGUGCCCGUGGAUGGAAUGAAGAUGCGCUUCCACCUGAGGGACGAGAGUGAGGUCAAAUAGACAAAGACUGUACUUCGUCUACUGUAUAAAUGUCUGGCCUGUCAAAUGCAG